AGAGAGCGUCGCUCCGCCGUCGCUAGGGAGAGAAUCUGCAGCACUGGAGUUGAAAUACACUUCUGUGCUCCUUCUCCGGCUGUUAGGACGUUAAACUACCAUGGCAGUUUGUGGGAAACGAUUUGCUGUCCUUUCAAAGACAACUCUACGAACUUUUAACGUUUGUGCAACCAAGUUUUAGGGUUGAUCUUUUCUUAGCAUGACAGAUAAAGAUUAGUUAGCAUGACAGCGAUCUAGCGACUCGCCCUCGCCAUCAGCGACCACACCUGCAGGGUCAGUGUGGCUGCAUGUUCCUAGGCACAGAUGGGGAAACUACAGAGCAAGUUUCGUAAGAGAUCUGAGCUCUACAGAGCAUCUCAGGAGGAGAAAGUUGAUAACAGCUGUGACAGUCAGGUGUUGCAGUAUGAACCUGCCCAUAACGGAUCCAUCAAUACUGUGACCAAUCUAAGCCCAGACCUGUGUGUUUCUGGUGGCAGUGACCAGGCCGUUGUUGUGUACGACUGGAAACAAGGACGGAUGUGUCAGUCCUUCCAGGGUCACAACAGAGAGGUUACCAAGGUGGUUUGUUACCCAGGCAGUACAUGGAUAUUUAGUGGCUCGCGAGACAAGACUGUUCUGAUGUGGGACCUCAACCAGGGAGAUGAACCUAUUCAGGAAUUUUGUGGACAUGAGUUGGUUGUCAAUGGAAUAGCCAUCAGCCCUGAUGGGAGGAAGCUGUGCACUGGUUCUCGUGACAACUGGAUGUGCCUGUGGGAUAUAGAAUCUGCAAAAUGUGAACAGAGACAAAACGUCUCUAGAAACCUGGUGACUCAUGUCUGUUGGGUUCCAGCCAGCUCCUCUGUAGUCCAGACCUCUGAGGAUAAAACCAUAAGGGUGUGGGAUAGCCGUACAUGGCAGGUUACCAAUACUUUUCCAGCAAAGCAAUACAUCCAGACCCACUGUGAUGUCUCUCCAAACGGUAACUACUUGGUAUCCAGCAGCAACGGCUUUGGAGGCCAGGGUUGUGAAGCUACGCUCUGGGAUCUGCGUCAGCCUGGCUGUAAAGUGGUGGAGUACAGAGGUCAUCUCCAGACCACAGCCUGCUGUAUGUUCUUACCCGUGUCUUGUGGUGGCACAGCUAGGGUAGCAACAUCCUCCCAUGACAGCUCCAUCAAAAUCUGGGAUCAGAAUACAGCAGUCUGUUUGGGGACGUUGCCAUUAGACGGCGCAGGUCCGCUGGUUUCUCUGGUUCCCAGCGAUUCUACCACUCUUUUGUGUGCCAGCUUCAACUCUGGUCUCCACCAUGUCCAAGUGGAGUGGGGAUCCCAGCAGGCUCAGGGUCCCGGUAACGAUUCCGGCGGUGCAGGAAACCUGGACAUUAGAGUGGUGGCGCGUUUCUGACAUCUCAGCAGAACCUGGAGUGACACAUAAAGCUAACCUUCGAGCGGCCAGUUAUUGUCAAAACAAGAUCACUGGAUGUUUUUUUUUUCUCUCUUUUUCUACUGUUUUCUAUAUUACUAGAGAGAUUUUUGCUUUACUAGUCUGCCAUAAUGUGAAGGACGAAAAGAAGAGGUGCGUGACUAAAGAAGUGAAAAAAAGCGGGUUAAAAACUGCACCUUUUGUCUGUCAACACACCCAUGGAGGCCUACUGAUUAAUAGCUUCUCACGUGGAGGGAAGUCUAUUAACCUUUUACCUGAGGAGACUGAUCAUGCCUGGAGUCCUCUGGGGAGGGAUUUCCUGUUGGUUCCCUGAAAAUAAUGGACACCCAAGUGUCAUAUGUGACACGAGUCACAGCCGACAACCUGAAGACAAGAGUAUCUUAACUGUUUUUUGUGAAUUAUAUUUUCUAGGUACAAUCAGACAAAAAUGUUUUUUUGUUUGUUUGUUAAAACAAGCUGUGAAGUCACUGAAAGAAAAUAAUGAGGAAUGUGUUUAGGCUGCUUAUUUUGUUGAACUGAUAUUGUAGCUUUACUCAGUCAAGAGUUGGACCACAUUAAUAUCUUCAACAUUAAACCGCAGGGGCAGAUUUUAAUAUUUUUAAGAUAAAACAUUGAUAGAUUUUGUUUUGUGCUCAUAGCUAUUACUUUGUUUUUAGUUUAAAAUGAAAAAGCAAAUUACAAAUAAUUUUAUAUUUGAUAAAAUAAACAGUAACAAUAAAACUGAGUGAAAAACAUUUAUUUAUUUACAAAUAAAGAUGACUUGCAGUCUCUGAGUGUAAAUGCCGUUGCUGGUUGUUUAUUUCAUUUAUUGAACUUCACUUAGAAAUCCAGACACAUUGUCGUUGGGUACAGAUUGCAUGAACUGAAUAAGUAUUACAAGUUUUAAGUACUAAAGUAUUACCUUAAUACUAAUAAUCAUGCUGUCCCAAAAUGUUUAAACAAACAUGAAGCAUCUUAACUUGGCAGGAAAACGGAGGAGUUCCAAUAAAAUAGAAUAAAAUGAUUAAGAGCAGUUGAAAUGUUUGAUCAUUUUCAAUUUAAAUCUUGCCUACUGAUUUGAUUUGAUCUCAUUCAUACCUGAUAAAGGAAUAAAUAAUCUCACAGAAUGUGAUCUCUGUUAGUGCUCCUUGUGCUAGUUUGUACUCUGAUCACAACCCUAUACCUUAUAACCUUCAUUUCCACA